GAGCUUUGCCUAUGAUAAAGCAUCAAUUGAAGUUAGUCGUAUUGCGCAAAACAGUAUGUUCUCUCUAUGAAUGUAGUAUAUGCACCAUUUUUGACAAUUCACAGUUAAAAAUCGAAUGUUGACAUAUGUAUUUGAGAUAUGUUAUUUUCAAUCAUUUGCUACUGUAUGUAGUCUUAAAAUUACAUAAAUUAAUUUUGUAAAAACUUCUCAUUUAAGUAGAAGUACAAUACUUGUUAAUAAAAGAUUUGUACAUAGAAGUGGAAUUUUUUAAAACGAGAUAACCAUGAUGAGUCUACGUGACAGGCAAAUAAAUGCCUUGAAACAGAUGUUAAAUUUAAAUCAACCGGAACAGAAAUUAGAAGAAGCAGUACCGGUAUGGAAAGUUUUAAUUUACGAUCGACUUGGACAAGAUAUCAUUUCGCCGUUAAUAUCGGUAAAAGAAUUGAGAAAUCUUGGCAUUACACUCCACAUGCAAUUACAUUCUGACAGAGAUUCUAUACCCGAAGUACCAGCUAUUUACUUCUGUGCACCAACAGAUGAAAAUCUUGGUAGGAUUGGGCAGGAUUUACAAAGUGGUUUAUAUGAUAUUUAUCAUUUAAACUUCAUCUCGCCAAUAACUCGACAAAAAAUGGAGGACUUAGCAGCUGCUGCAAUACUUGGAGGUGUUGUGUCAAAUAUUCACAAAGUAUUUGAUCAGUAUUUAAAUUUCAUUUCUUUGGAAGAUGAUCUGUUUAUUCUUAGACAUCAAAAUAGUGAUGUAAUAUCAUAUCAUGCGAUUAAUCGGGGUGAAGUAAAAGACACAGAAAUGGAAUCGGUAAUGGAUAUUAUUGUUGACUGCCUGUUCUCAGUAUUUGUCACAUUGGGAACUGUUCCAAUUAUAAGAUGUCCAAGAGGAAAUGCAGCUGAAAUGGUUGCUAAAAUGAUAGACAAGAAACUAAGAGAAAAUGUAUGGGACACAAGAAAUAAUUUAUUUGAGAGUGAAACAACUGGUCAUUACAGUUUUCAGAGACCUCUUCUUAUAAUAUUGGAUCGUAACAUAGACAUGGCCACACCAUUACAUCAUACCUGGACAUACCAAGCACUAGCACAUGACGUAUUAGAAAUGGCUCUAAAUAGGUUAGUUGUAGAGGAGAAUGUGGGAAGAUCUCCUGCAGGUGGAACCCGUUCAAAGACACGAGCCUAUGAGCUAGACAAUAGAGAUCGAUUUUGGUGUCAACAUAAAGGCAGUCCAUUUCCUAGAGUAGCUGAAGCUAUACAGGAAGAAUUAGAACAGUACCGUACUUUCGAAGAGGAUGUUAAGAAACUUAAAUCUUCUAUGGGUAUUGAUAAUGAAAGUGAAGUAGCAUUAUCAAUGGUUUCCAAUAACACAGCACGUUUGACGAAUGCUGUAAAUUCUCUGCCACAACUUUUAGAAAUGAAGCGAUUGAUAGAUAUGCAUACAUCAAUUGCAACAGGUAUUUUAAAUUCCAUAAAAUCUCGUAGAUUAGAUACAUUUUUUGAACUUGAAGAGAAAAUAAUGGGCAAGCAAACAUUAGAUAGAAGCGUAUUAGAAACAAUAAGUGACCCAGAUUGUGGUACUUCAGAAGACAAGUUACGGCUUGCUAUUAUAUAUUACCUUUGUACCAAUAUGUCAGAUGCUGACUAUAACAAACUUGAAGCAGCAUUGUCUGCUGCUGGAUGUGACUUGAAUCCUCUAGUUUACAUAAAAAGAUUGAGAAGUUACACCAGAAUAACAGAAAUUCAAAACAGUUAUGAAGGUGGUGGAACCAAGACAGUCAGUAUGUUCUCAAAGCUUAUGAAUCAAGGAUCUUCUUUUGUAAUGGAAGGAGUAAAGAAUUUAGUCGUUAAGAAGCAUAAUUUGCCAGUCACAAAAAUUGUUGAUGAACUAAUGGAAUCAAGACAAUCGUCUCAAACGGACGAUUACUGUUAUUUAGAUCCGAAGCAGUUGAAGCAUACCGAACAGAUGCCAAAGAAUCGACCAACAUUCCAGGAUGUAAUUGUUUUUAUUGUUGGCGGUGGAAAUUACAUAGAAUAUCAAAAUCUAGUGGACUAUGUAAAGCAAAAGAGUGGGGCUGGUUUUAACAAACGAAUCACAUACGGUUCAACGACAUUUAUUAACGCAAAACAAUUACUUAAGCAACUUUCACUUUUGGGACAAGAAGUUCAUUCCUAAAUUUUAUAGAAUAUAUGAAAAAAUAUUUAUCGUCUACUUUUCUUAUAACGUACGCCGAUUUUUCAUAUUGUUGUUAUUGCCUUCUUGUAAAAAUGUAAAAUAAAUAAAAUAUGAUUAGUUAUUUUA